AUGAAAUUCGCAAAAACAUUAGAACAAUCAUUAAUAGAACAAGAUGUACCAGAAGAAUGGGUAGAAGCAGCAAUAAAAUAUAAAGCUUUAAAAAAAUGUAUAAAUAAAAUAGUUGAAGAAUUAAAAUUUUUAGGUUUAGAACAAAAUAAAUUAAAAUUAUUAAUAAAUGAUAAAGAAGUUGAUAUUAAUGAUCAAACAGCAAAUCCUUCAAAUCCUAUAAUUGCUCAAUAUACUUUACAUAAACCAUCGCCUGAAAGUCAUGAUAUAAUCCCAAUUUUAAAAAUUAGUUUAGAUUUUAGUGAUGAUCAUAAUAUAACUGAUGAUCAUAUUAAUACUAUAUGUCAAGAAGUUAAAACAAAAAUUGAAAGUUUAUUAAAUGAGGAUAGCAGUAGUAAUACUGAUAAUAAUAAUGAAGAAGAAAAAAUUAUUGAAUUAAAAGAAGAAAAUGAUGGUGAAUUGAAAUUAGUAUCAAGUAGAGAAGGUUCAUUAUCACCACCUUUAAAAGCAGCAACUUCUCCUCCGUUAGAGCCAGUUUCACCUAAUUCACCAGAUCAAAUAUCUGAUUUAUCAUCUAUACCCACGCCCUUAAAAUUAAAUACCAAAGGAACUCAUACAAGUAUAGAAAACAGACUAGACAAUAUACAUAUUCAUCAACCAACAAACACCAAAAAGAGAGAAAUAAACAUUAUAUUAAAUUCAGAUUCAAAAUUUUUUAAAAUGUUAGAUGAAGAAUUAAAUGGAUUAGAUCAAAUUAGAAAAAUUGAAGAAAAUAAAAUUAUCAAUGAAAUUGAAAAAAUAAGUGAACAAAUUAAUAUAUCAAAAUUAAAAACUUCAGAUUUAUAUAAAUGGAGAGAAUUAUUUAAAAUUUAUUUAGAUUCAGAAAUUUAUUUUAAAUAUAAUGAAAUUGAUAAAAAUCAACAAAAUAAUGAAACAAUUAUUAAAAAUUUAAAUUUAUUUAUAAAAAAUGUUGAAAAAUCGGGAAUACUACUAAAUUUUAAAAAAAAAUCAAGUUUAGUUACUUUCAAUCAAUUUAUUUCAAUUAAUUUUCAAUUAUUAAAAAUUUUAAAAUUUCAAACUAUAAACACUGAAGCAUUGAGAAAAAUUUUAAAAAAAUUUGAUAAACAAACUUCUUUAAAAAUUCAAAACAUUUACCCAAAGCUUAUAUCAUCAAAUCAUAUUUUUAUAAAUAAUAGUAAAACAAUAGCUCAAUCAAUAUGUUAUAUAUUAACAAAUUCCCUUUUAAAAAAAAUACCACAAUUAGAUGAUUAUUCUUGUCCCAUUUGUAUGUCCAUAGCAUACAAACCAAUAAAAUUAUCAUGUAAUCAUUUAUUUUGUGUUAGAUGUUUAGUUAAAUUAAAACAACAAAAUAAUUUAAAUUGCCCCAUGUGUAGACGAACUAAUGCUAUAUUGGAUGCUGAUUCUUCAAAUUUAGAUUUAAAAAAUAUGGAAAUUAUGAAAAAUAUGUUUCCCAUUGAAGUUAGAGAGAAGCUUAGGGAAAGAGAUAAAGAAAGGUAUAGAGAUUUAAAGGGAAAUAAUAAAGAUGAUAAAUGUAUAAUUGUAUAA